AUGAAGAGACUUGACAUCAUUACCAUCAUACUCUUAGCUUACACGGCGGCUACGGUGGCCGGACAACAAUGCGGCCGCCAAGCCGAUGGUCAGACUUGUGCCGGCAACAUCUGUUGCAGCCAGUACGGCUACUGCGGCACCACCGCCGACUACUGUUCUCCGGCCAACAAUUGCCAGAGCAACUGUUGGGGAAGCGGACCAAGCGGAGGCGAAAGCGCGUCGAACGUACGCGCCACCUACCAUUACUAUAACCCGGAGCAGAAUAAUUGGGAUUUGAGAGCCGUGAGUGCUUAUUGCUCCACGUGGGAUGCUGACAAGCCGUACGCGUGGCGGAGCAAGUAUGGUUGGACCGCCUUCUGUGGACCGGCAGGUCCUCGUGGUCAAGCUUCUUGCGGCAAGUGCCUUAGGGUGAGGAACACUAGGACAAAUGCAGCGGUAACGGUGAGAAUAGUGGACCAAUGCAGCAAUGGAGGAUUGGAUUUGGAUGUUGCAAUGUUCAAUAGAAUUGAUACAGAUGGUGUUGGCUAUCAACAAGGCCAUCUCAUUGUUGAUUACCAAUUUGUUGACUGUGGCAAUGAACUCAUUGAUCAGCUUGAUGAUUCGAAAAACAUCCUUGUUUCGGCCAUUGAUCGCGUUUGA